UACGAUCGUGAUCAUUAUAAAUUCGUUAUGAACGCAAGUUUACUCAAUAUCGAACGAAAUGCGUUAUUACAAAUUUCACGGUAUUCAAGUGUAGCUACAAAACAAACGCCUGCUGAAUACUGUUUUGAAUUAGUUAGAAAACUAGAUUAUGAAAAUUUUUUAUGUACAUUGUUACUAAAACGUAUAGCAAGAUCAUCUGCAUUUGCAAUACGUGCGUUUAAUGUGGAAGUGGCUCAAGUACAAGAUCAAGUACACGAUUAUAAAAUAGGACAAAUGAGAUUAAAAUUUUGGGCGGAUGGAUUAAGUAAUACGUACAAGGGAAGUCCUCCAAGAAGUCCUGUUUUUUUGGAAUUACAUAGGACUCUACAGAAGUGUUCCCUUUCCAAACAUUAUUUCAAACGCCUAAUUGAUGCUCGUCUAGAAAGACUUAACAACAGUCCAAUUCAAAAUAUUAAUGAAAUAGAGAAAUAUGCAGAGUACAGUACUUCUUCCAUUUAUUACUUAUUAUUGGAGGCACAUGGUAUAACCAACAUAAAUGCAGAUCAUGUUGCAAGUCAUAUGGGCAAAGCACAUGGAAUAGUUAACUUAAUUCGAUCGAUUCCUUAUAAUGCCAAAAAAAGAGUGAAUAUGUUACCACAAGAUAUUUUAAUGAAGUAUGGUGUUUCUACAGAAGCAGUGUUUCAGGGUGAACCAAGUAAGGAUUUAAAAAAUGUGAUAUUUGACAUUGCUUCUUGUGGGAAAUUGCAUUUAGAUGCGGCAAUUUCUCUUAAAAGUAAAAUGGAAAAAAAUGCGGGUUUGAUUUUUUUACCAAUAGUUUGUUUGGAAAAUUAUUUAAAUGAAUUAAGGAAGUCAGACUUUAAUGCUUUUGAUACACGAUUACAGAAAAGAAACAGUUUACUUCCUGUACGCUUGUAUUGGAAAAAAUUGAUGUACUGACAUUGGUAUC